UACAAACAAUUGGAAUUUGCAUUAAACCAGGUCCCAGACCUGGGUGGUUUACACCUCAAUGGGAACAGAAGGUAAUUUACAUAGAAGACCCUGGGAAAGGGCACUCCCAUUACAGUAAGCAAAAUAUCUCUUAACUCUUAGGAUCUGUAUUAUCUUUUAGUCUACUUUUGUAAGACUGAGACCAUUGUACCACUCACCCUGAGACUAUUCAAAUGAUACCAAACAUGAUUGUCGAGGGAACCAGUGUCAUUCUAACUGCCGAUCCGCCUACAAAAUGACGUCAUAGCUCCCCCACUGGAGAAGGGACAGAGCGGUGAGGAAUAAAGGUAAUUUUUUUUGUGAUUUUUUUUUUUUACGAGGCAUUAACAAACGUUAGUCUGCACCCCCUAAACACAAUCAGGUCUAGAAAAAAAACGGUGCCCCCGUGAAAUAAAUACUUUAAUUCAGCAAGAAUGCAUUAAAUUGAUCAAAAGUGACAGUAAAGAAAUGUACAAUGUAACAAAAUAUUUCUGUUUUAUAUGAAUCAAAGAAUUGAAAGUUCAAAAGAAGAGAAUAUAGCCUAGAUCAGUGGUUGAAAUACUUGAAUUUCUAAAACAAAAUAAUGCAAAAUAAAAAAUACACAAAGCUAAACAGAAGUAUUAAACACUAAUCAAAAUGCAAAACAAAAUAAUUAACAUUAAAAUGGAAAAUAUAAAAAUAAAAUCUAAUUCAAAAUAUGAUUAAAUACUAUAACAGUCUGUAAAUAAUAUUAAAAUAACACUGGUAGAGGGUUACAUACCCCAAUGUUGAAAUUUUGCAGCAAUAUUUAACAGCAGGUGAGAACCGACUGGCAGAUUGAGCAUGGAGAGGUACUUGAGUGAUCCACCAGAUGGUGGCUAUGGCUGGGUCGUGGUCACCUCGGCCUUCUUCAUCAUGGGCCUGACCGCUGCUGUUUUUAAAAACUUUGGCCUGUUUUUCCUUGAAAUCCAAAGUCACUACGAUGUCCUUACCAGUACAACCUCAUGGGUGACCUCAACCACUAUUGCUGUGUUUCAUUUGGGAGCUCCUCUUGCCAGUGCUCUCAGUAUGCACCUGUCCCAGCGUGCUGUUAUCAUGGUCGGGGGGCUUCUGGCUGCCUCAGGAAUGAUUAUCGCCUCUUUGGGCCUAAGUCUGCCUUGGAUGUAUCUGUCUAUGGGUGUACUACAAGGACUUGGCAUCUCGUUUUCUUGGAUACCAGCUAACAGCAUGGUCAGCCACUAUUUCAAACGCUGGCGUCCCAUUGCCUAUGCUAUUGCUAGUUCUGGAGAGUGCGUCUUUGCCAUGGGAUUCAGCCCAUUUUUCCAGUGGCUUAUCGACAGCUAUUCUUGGCAGGGGUCUCUUCUCAUUAUUGGUGGUCUUCAGCUGAAUCUGUGUGUGUGUGGCGCUCUGAUGAAAUCCCUCCCAGCUGCACAAACCUCUAUCCAAGACAAACCGGUGCUGGACACAAAAGAGGAAAGCAGGACAUCAAAAAAAGGCACUUUCCAGUGCUCUCUCAUUCGGAGGCCUGAGUUGCUGCUAUAUAUCAUGUUUUCCAUCUUGGCUGCGGCAGGUUUCUUCAUCCCACCUCUGUUUCUGGUGCCCUAUGCCAAUAGUUUGGGCAUGGAGCAGUACUGGGCGGCCUCGGUUCUGUCAGUGCUGGCAUUAGCAGACCUGCUGGGCAGGCUGGUAUGCGGAUGGCUGGCUAACCUGCGGCUCAUGAGAAACCUGCAGCUGUUGACCAUGGUGGUCACUGCGCUGGGGGUGGUGCUACUACUGCUUCCCAUCGCACAGAGCUACUGGAGUAUCCUGGUCUUUUCGUCACUCUAUGGCUUCCUGUUCGGCUGCGUGGUGGCUAUCCAUGUGACGAGUAUCGUGGAUAUUGUUGGACUGGAGGGCUUUGACAGCGCUCUAGGGCUCUUCAUGCUGUUCCGGAGCUCUGGAGGAUUUGUGGGUCCACCUGCUGCAGGCUGGCUGGUGGACUGGACUCAUGACUUCAGUGCUAGUUUCUACUUGUCUGGCCUCUGCCUUGUCGUGUCCGGGGUCUUCGUGGUGCUCGUUGACAGGCUGGUGGAGAAGAAAAAACUCAAACUACCAGAUUAAUGUGCUGAGACUACAGAUCAUCCAAUACUUAAAGCGGACAGUGCAAAUAUUUAAAAGCCACUGAAGAUAAUUUACCAGUAUUUUACUUUUGUUAUAUGAACUUUUGUUUAUUUAAAGCCAUAUUAUUAUUCAUGUUUUUAUUUUUCAAAAAAGCAAUAGGCAUUUUAUGAUCAGAGAUAUUUAUUUAAGACUGUGGCAUCAUCAUUGUAGCCAUGUUUCAAGCCACUAAUAGUUCCCAAACAAUGACAAGAAACAUAUGCUGUUCAGAGCCUGUUUCUGCCCUUAGAAAUAAUCACAGAAGCAGUGUGUGCAGAUGUAGCUGCUUAUUAUUUCCUCGCUUACAGUACAAGCAUUCAUAUAUGACUACUUUACAGUAUCUGAAAGCAAUAUAAAUAGUCAUAAGAUUUUUAUGUUUGUGUCCAUGGCAAGUACUACAAAUGACAUGUGCAUAGAAGCUACACUUAGUGGCUCCAUGAAAGUAAAGUGGCAUCUGCAAACAAGUAAUAUCCUUAUCAUAGUCUCAGGGUCAUUUUUGAAGUUUUAUUUAAAAUAUUGCAAAUUUCUUUCUGUGAAGUGUACUAAUACUGUAUUAGAAAAAAAAAUCCAUAUACUUUUACCUGAUGCAGUUACUGUACAUUCAUUAGUGUCCAAAUACUCUCAGUACAUGAGAUUCUGUUUUUUAUCUGGGGUUAAAGGUUGAUUGGUUUACGUCACUAUUUAAAGUCUUGUUUUUCAUUCAGUAAUGCCACAUUUUUCUGUGUGUGUAAAGCAUUUCCAGUCUCCUCUGUAUAGGUGGUGUAAAUAAUCUUUGCAGAUAUGGAUUUGUCUGUUUAUGUACGGUGUCUGAAUUUGUGGUGAUGACAAGACUUGCUGUGCCUUAAUUGCAAGUGACAAUCAGGAACUCUGUAGUAUUUACUUUAAUGUUCCCGUUGCAAUGAAUUUAAUUAGCAGUAGAAUAUCAUAUUUAGGUUCAUCAGAUCAGAUUUAUUUCUGAAUGGCAGUGUUUAAGAGGUUUUGUGAGUGGAAUAAAGUUAAUUUGUUCAUCCUUUAAGUUUUAUUACAUGCAAGAAUUAUAUUGUUGACAGCCGCAUGUUGAACUUCUUCCUUCUGCCACAGAUUCAAAUCUCAGUUUGACAGUUUAACAGCUGAGCUCAAGAUCUGUUACUAAUUCGAAAACGUCACUUUAGAACUAGCAACGAAGGAACCUUGAGAGCUUCAUUGAAAGCUUGUAUCACUGUAUUAAAGUAUCUCUGUAUUAUAUGUAGAGUAUAAUGAGAUUGGAGGUUGACUGAGCGAGUGUGAUUACCUGCAUCUGAUACAACAUUCAUUCUUCAGCUCAGUCUCAUAUUCACAAUAAAACGAGUUUGAAUGUC